AUGAAGAACGAAACCGAUUCAUGCUGGAAGGAGAGUCGGAAGGUCAUCGCCCCUGACACCGGCAAGAGUCUCGAGGUCCAGCUCGUACUGUCCUUGGUGAUUGGUGUUUCUGCCUUCUUGCUCUUCUGUAUCCUACGCCCACGAUGGCCCGCCCUUUACGCUGCGCGAAAACGGCGGCUCGAUCACCACCUUGGUCUGCCUGCCCUUCCAAACUCCAUGUUUGGCUGGAUCCCGGCACUUUUUAAAAUCACCGAAGAACAGGUCCUGGCCUCCGCCGGACUCGAUGCUUUUGUGUUUCUGAGCUUCUUCAAAAUGGCCAUCCGACUCUUUAGCAUUAUGGCAAUCUUUGCAACUGUUGUCCUAUUGCCAAUCAAUAGUGCAUUUUCGCACGCCGAAGACGAUAAGGGCAACGGUGGUGAUGAUACAUCGACCGUCCCGGGUUCGUUAUAUGGAACAGAUCAGACCGUGUUCUCAGAUGCGAGCUUCCUCGACAUACUUAAGCACAAGGAUAAAACAGACAAAAGCUUCGAGAGGUCCUGGCUCUGGGCUUAUGUCGUUUUUACAUACUUUUUUGUUGGCUUGACGAUCUACUAUCUCAACCUCGAGACAUUUCGCGUUAUCAAAUUCCGCCAGGACUAUCUCGGAUCACAGUCCACCGUAACGGAUAGGACGUUCCGACUUACAGGUAUUCCGGAGGAUUUAAGAACAGAAGAAAAUAUCAAGGAACUUAUUGAAAAAUUGGGCAUCGGAAAAGUUGAGAAGGUUCUGCUUUGUCGAGACUGGAAGAAGCUUGACGACCUUGUUGAUUCGAGAGAUGCGACUUUGCGACGCUUGGAGGCUGCAUGGGCUACCUUUCUCAAGCACCAGCGCCAAAAACAAAAAAGUAAUAGGCCCCAAAGGAGAGAUGGUAACGGGGUGCCCCGAGACCAAGAAGAUGACGACCAAGCUGGAGAAAACGGACGCCUCUUGGACUCUCAACAGGAGCCAUGGGGCUCUGACGAUGAGGGCAGACCUAAAGUUAACAUACGCUAUGGAACCCUUGGUUUGCGAUCUCGCAACGUUGACGCUAUUGACUACUACGAGGAACGACUUCGAAGACUUGAUUCCCAAGUUACAGAGGCUCGCAAGAAGUCAUACGCGCCCACAGACAUGGCCAUUGUUACUAUGGACUCUGUGGCUUCGUGCCAAAUGGCUAUCCAGGCCCGAAUUGACCCCAGACCAGGCCGGCUCUUGACCAAGUUGACACCAGCUCCUUCAGACCUCGUCUGGAGGAAUACAUACGCCCCCCGCGGUAUUCGCCGCCUCAAGUCUUGGGCUGUGACAUUGUUCAUUACGGCUCUCACACUCGCAUUCAUAUUCCCCACCAUUGGAAUCUCGUCACUUUUGAGUUACUGCACAAUCCGGACUCACUUCCCAGCAUUUGCCGAAUGGUUGCAACAGCACGGCGUUAUCUUCUCGUUGGUCCAAAACGGCUUGCCUGCUCUAGUCGUAUCGCUUCUCAACGUUGCUGUUCCGUAUCUGUACGAUUUCCUUUCUAACCACCAAGGAAUGAUUUCCCAGGGUGACGUGGAACUCUCCGUCAUCUCUAAAAACUACUUCUUCACCUUCUUCAACACAUUCUUUGUUUUUGCCGUGUCACUGACAGGAAUCAAUUUCUGGAGCCGAAUUCAGGAAAUUGCCAAGGACACAAGCAAAAUGCCCCGCGCGAUCGCUGAAGAUGUAGAGGAGCUAUCGAUCUUCUAUAUUUGCUUUAUUAUGUUACAGGGCAUUGGACUUAUGCCUUUCCGAAUUCUCGAGGCAGGAAGUGUAUUCCUCUAUCCGUUCCUACAUUGGCUGUCCAAAACACCACGCGACGCUCUCGAGCUCAAGAAACCUCCGGUUUUCCAAUACGGGUUUUUCCUUCCUACGUCUCUGCUUGUUUUCAACCUGUGUCUUAUCUACAGUGUCUUGGCCUGGGGAUAUGUUAUUCUAAUCGUCGGGACCGUGUACUUUUGUCUAGGCUACGUUGCCUUCAAGUACAUGGUACUCUACGCAAUGGACCAGCCUCAACAUGCCACUGGAGGUGCGUGGAGAAUAAUAAGCUACCGCAUCAUCGUCGGAUUGCUUGUCUUGGAGGUUGUCAUGGUGGGUCGAAUCGCCACUAGCAAGGCCUUCAUUCAGUCGGUGUGCAUUCUGCCACUGCUCCCCUUGACCAUCUGGUACAGCUACUAUAUCAAGCAGAGGUUCGAGCCUCUGACCAAAUACAUUGCCCUUCGCGCUGUCAGGGCAGAUGAGGACCCAGACGAUGCAGCUGCGUUGGAUGAUGCAUUUGAGAACGAGGACCGCCCUCGACCCUCACAGGCCAUUCUGCGUCGUGGAAGUACCCUGGACGAGUACAAGGAAAAGGGACUGCAAUUCGUCAACCCCAGUCUUGUGGCCCCACUUCCCCAACCGUGGAUCUACGAUGAGCCACCUCCACCCAUCCCCACGGAUGACACGCAGACAACAGAGGAGACUGAGCGCCCUGUUCUCCAGGGUGUCGAUAGCACACUAGGUAUAGGAGACGAAAACGUGUGGAGAGACAACGGAGGAAAUAAUGUUUAA